AUGGCUGCGUCCGAUGCCCCCGCGAAACAACGGACCAUGCCGGCAACCCAGAGGCUGCGGUUCACAGUCGACGAAGACCUCUGCCUUCUCCGCGAGGUUCGAGCUGCGAACCCUUUUGCGUCACCCGAAGGCUGGACUCUUGUCUAUAGCAAUCUUCUAGUGGCCCUAACACGGGUCUUCACAAUUCGGGCAAUCCGGGACCGUGUGGACCUGCUGCUGGGCUACUUCCGACAACAGGACACAGCCAAUUUGCGAAAUAGGUCUGGGACGGAGGAGCAGUAUGCAGAAAAAGACCGGCUGCUCCAGGAGAUAUUUGACCUUGCACGGGAGUUUGGACAUAGACCGAAGACUGCACCAAGGAAGGGGCGCUCAGGAGCAGCCGCCUGCAAGCGCAGGCCACAAUCUUCAGCUGCUGCCCAGGUGCGAGCAGCAAAGGCAGCAAGGGAUGCAGCCGUGGCCCGCACCGCCCCCUUGCCAGUGCCGUCAGUGUCGACGGUCGAUGCAGAUGAAGAACCAGAACAGUAUGCAUCCCCAGAUCUUGGUGAGGAGGGUUCGCCAGCACUGAACCUCCUCAUGCAGGCUUACAUGGAAAAUCCAGAGAGAGAGGAAGAAGAGGACUUCGUAGCCCCCUCCCAGCCUGUCAGGAGCCCUGAUAAUGCCCCAAAUGGUGCAGGUACUGAUGAGAACGUGCCACCUACACCGGCGUCCAGAUCUUCAGGUGCCAGGCGAAAAAGAAGGCAGCAAUCGUCCGAGAUGGACUUUCUUGAGCGCCGGUCAGAGCAGGAACUCGCAAGAGAAGAUAGGCGUUUCGCCCUUGAAGAAAGGGACAUGGCGCUGAGAGAGAUGCAAAUGUCGUUGGAGCAACUCAAGUACCAAGAAGAUGCAAAGGACCGCGCUGAAGCACGGCAGGCUCUGGCGGAAGAAAGGCGGGCACAGGCCGAGGAGCGGCAGUUCCAGGCAGAAGAGCGAAAGAUUCAGAUGGAGGAAAGGAGGGCAGCAACAGAAGAAAGGCGGUUGCUGAUUGCUCAGCAGGAGCUGCAAAUUCAGCUCCUGACUAGACAAAUUCAGAAGUAAAGUUGGAGAUUUAAAGUA